AAUCUAAUAAGCAAUAAAAAUAAGGUAAAGAGAACAAAGCCAAAUUGAAUGAAAAACUUCAUAUUAACAUUUCAGAUUUUUUGUUAUCUAGUGUUAAUUAUCGUUGUAGAUUAUUAAUGAUAAUUUUUCUAUUUCCUUAAACAAAAGUGGGCCAUGAUAAGAAUGCAUAAUUUUCCGCCUACUAUCUCACUAUCUCAGUCACAUAAGUGAAUUAAUUUCUUCACAUUAGUUGUCCAAUGUCCAUGAUAUUACAAUAAAAAAAAGUCAAAGAUGGACAAUCUAAGGGACCAAACCAAACUACAUCCCCUUGUUUUAAACUCUAAUUAGCCAGCAUACCAAAUACGACCAAAAGUUUUUCUGCAUUUUCAACUCCUAUAUAUUUCAUCCACUUAUCCCCUUUCUUUAACCUUAUAUCCUCUUAUCAUUUCUCUACCAAAAACUUACCUAAUAAUUCACACAAAUUACAUAUUUACGUACACAAGUCUAAAUUAAUGGCUUUGUUUAGAGCUCUGAGCACAAGAAGAAGUCGACGGGGCGGCCCGGGCGGGUAUGAUAAGUUGUUAGAUGAGACUAAUAACACUGAUUAUGGUGUUAAUGAUGCAGAUCAUGUGGUGUUGAAGAGGGUUACAAGUGUUCCUGCUAGUAUGUUAUUCGGGUCAUCUUCAAAGAAAGUCGGGUACGAAACGGGUUUUCCAUGGAUGAACUCUAAACCAAAACAACAGCAACAACAGCAACAGAAACAGACAGUAAAAAGUGGUAAUAAAAAAGGUGGUAAGAGUCACCCAGUAUUUAGUUUGUUUGAUGGGAAAUGGAGGAAGAAGAAGAUGACUGCUAACCCGGAUUUUUCGAGGUAUAUGGAGUAUUUGAAAGAAGGUGGGGUGUGGAACAAGGAUACUAAUUCACCUGCGAUUUACUACAAAUAAAUUUUAACAUGUGUUUAAUUGAUUAGUUUAGUUAUGGUUUGUUUCAAAGAUUUUGUAGUGAACAAAGGUUAAAUUAAGAGUAGUAUGUUGUACAUAUAUAUGUAUAAGUGUCCAAUUCAUUGAAAUAACUAAUAAGGUGCUUCAAUUAGAUCAUAGUCUCAAACGCAUUUUUUCUAACUCUUUACAAUCUUCGUAUUGGGCUUGUUUGACAA